GGGCCGGCGCUGGAGACUGACCGCUGCCUAGACAGGGCACUGCGCAAGCGCGGGAUGGGCGGAAGACUGCAAUGCGCAUGCGUCGAGGCAGGCAACGGAACUGCGCAUGCGUACCUCGCGCUUAUUCAUUCUACCGAGCAUGCGCAACAUUGGGCUGAGGUGAUGUUAUUACGCAUGCGCAUUUGGGCCCCCCGGCCUUUGGCUUACGAUGCUCAUGCGCAGUGUGGUCCUUUGUUAAAACAGGCGGUGCUACAGAGCUUUCCCCAGCCCAGCCCCCCUGUUGCGCAUGCGCUUCCCCCCAUGGACCGAGGCGUCUACGCGCAUGCGCCAACCGUCCCGGCGCUGAGUGCGCAUGCUCGAUGCCAGCUCCCCGUUAAAGGGCCAGCGCCGCUAUUUCCCUGCCGGGGCGGGGGCGCAGCCAUGUGGCUCCCCCUGCUGGGGCUGCUGCUGCUCGGGGCGCUGAGGCAGGGGGCGGGGCAAGAGGAGGAGGAGGAGGAGGAGGACGACGAGAGGCGGCCCACCCCCUGCGAAGUGUGCAAGUACCUGAGCCUGGAGCUGCAGGAGACCCUGGCACAGAGCGGCCGCUCCAAGGAGGUGCUGGAGCUGGGGCAGGUGCUGGACUCGGGCAAGCGGAAGAGACGCAUCCAGUACAACACCUCGGAAACCCGGCUGGCCGAGGCCCUAGAAACCGUGUGUGAGCGAUUCCUGCAUUACAGCGUCCAUGCCGAGCGCCCGGGCAGCCUGCGGUAUGCCAAGGGUCAGAGCCAGACCAUGAACACCCUGAAGAACCUGGUGAACAAGGGGGUGAAGGUGGAUCUGGGGAUCCCCCUGGAGCUCUGGGACGAGCCAUCGGUGGAGGUGACGCAGCUGAAGCAGCAGUGCGAGACGAUGCUGGAGCAGUUCGAGGCCGUGCUGGAGGACUGGUACUUCCACCACCAGGAGACGGCGCUGGGAGCCUUCCUGUGCGAAGGGCACGUGCUGGCGUCGGGGGAGAGAGGGUGUCUGAGCGAGGUCUGGACAGGGAGGAAGGGUGAUGAGGGAGCCCAGGAAGAGGAGGAGGAGGAGGAAGAGACAGCGAAACAGCCUAGCCCACCCACCAGAAAAGAACAGGUUCUGCCCACCCCGAAGGGUCCGCGGGUAGUGACUAGUCCCGAUCGUACCCAAGUACACGCUGCAGCCAGUUCUUAACUGAGAUAACCGUUAUUGGAGAACAGACGAGAGAGACCCGGGUUGAGAGACGACCAUACAUGCAGACGUGAGCGCCGUCGUGCGAGGUGCGGAUUCACGGCGGAGAGGGGGAGCUGUGCACUUGCAGAGGCCCCAAAGCUCGUAUUCAGAGCGGAACGGGGACCUCAGGCGUGUGACUCGGGCUUCCCCCGCUGAACAGGGUCAGGACCCAAGGAUCUUUUCUACCAUCCCAUGUCCUGUCUGGGCAGUGGGGAGCUCCUCGGGGGACGGAGGCAUUCGGGGGACUUUGAAGCAGGCCCCGCACCGGUGCUUAGCUGCAGGAAUGAACAUAAGGCGAUUUGCUGGUUCCUCCACCAUUCACGGAGCAUCUCAAAGAGAGACGGAUGCCGCGAUAUCCCCUGUUCACAAUUCAUUUCAGUGAUACCCGAAUGCAGCCGAGACAGGGACUCUGGGUGACGCUGUCACAUGUAAACACACAAACAUGGUCUCCCCACGUC